AUGGCGUCCAACGGCAUCGGCAUCGCCAACCUGCCGAACCAGCGGCACAAGAUCGUGGCCAAGGCGGGUGGCCACUUCACGCUCAUGGUGGUCGGUGAGAGCGGUGUAGGCAAGACGACGCUCAUCAACACGCUGUUCAGCACCGAGCUCGCCACCGGCAAGGACCACACGCGCCGUCACGCCAAGCAGCUCGACAAGACGGUCGAGAUCGACAUCAUCAAGGCCGAGCUCGAGGAGAAGCAAUUCAAGGUCAAGCUCACCGUCAUCGACACGCCCGGCUUCGGCGACUAUGUCAACAACCGUGACAGCUGGACGCCCAUUGUGGACUUUAUCGAUGAUCAGCACGAGCUGUAUAUGCGACAGGAGCAGCAGCCGGAGAGGCGGGAGAAGACGGAUUUGCGAGUCCACGCGUGUCUAUACUUUGUCCGUCCCACGGGUCACACACUCAAGCCAUUGGACAUCGAAACCAUGAAGCGCCUUGGCACUCGGGUGAACCUCAUCCCCGUGAUCGCCAAAGCGGACACGCUGACGCAGGCCGACCUGGCGAUCUUCAAGCAGCGCAUCCGCGAAGCGAUCUCGACGCAAAACAUCCGCGUCUACUCGCCACCUUUGGAAGCCGACGACGAAGCCAGCGCGGACCACGCCAAACUGCUCAUGUCCGCCAUGCCGUUCUCCAUCAUCGGCUCUACCACCGACAUCACCACCGCCGACGGUCGCACCGCCAAAGGCCGCCAGUACCUCUGGGGCACCGCCGAGGUCGAAAACGAAGACCACUGCGAUUUCAAAAAGCUCCGCUCCCUCCUCAUUCGCACCCACAUGCUCGAUCUCAUCAACACCACAGAGGAACUCCACUACGAAAACUACCGUCAGGCCCAGAUGGAAACCCGCAAGUUCGGCGAACCCAAGGUCAAGAAGUUGGACAACCCCAAGUUCAAGGAGGAGGAGGAGAUGCUAAGGAAGCGAUUUACAGAGCAGGUGAAAUUGGAGGAGGCUAGGUUCCGACAGUGGGAACAGCACCUGAUUGCCGAGAGGGACAGGUUGAACAAGGACCUUGAGACAGCGCAUAGUACGGUCAAGGCGCUCGAGGCCGAGUUGGAUGCGCUGCAGAACGGGUAUGGUCGAGGGUCGGUGCGCCGUUGA